AUGACAAGAACCUGCAGAGACUGGGAUUACGCAUCCAAUCAUGCUUCUGACCCGGAUGGUCGUAUCAUUAUUAUCUGGAAACACCCUGCUUCAGUUACUCUACUCCAUCAAACUCGCCAGUCUCUCACCUGUGAGAUAAGCAUCGGGAGCAGCCACAAAUUCACAUUCACUGCCAUCUAUGCGGCGAACACCUCUCCUGAGAGAUCUGACCUCUGGGUAGAUCUUCUAAACCUCCAGCAAACACUAAGCCUAGACUCGACCCCAUGGGUUAUGGGAGGAGAUUUCAACCAGAUUAACCAUUUCUCAGAGCACUCCUUACCAGGAGUAAAUUGUUUUGAUACCCCCAUGCUUGAAUUCAGAGGCACCCUAGCUGAUCUUGGGUUAUUUGAUCUCAGAUAUAAUGGCCCUGUCUUCACUUGGACCAAUAAAUGCCCAGCCCUCCCCAUCGCCAAAAAACUAGACCGCUUCCUCGUUAACCAUAGCUGGAUCUCAUCUUUUUCCCAAAGCCAAGCCUCCUUUCUACCUCCUGAAAUCUCAGACCACUGUCCUGGCCUCCUUAACCUAGCUGUCCACCUCCCAACCUCCGGAACCAAGCCAUUUAAGUUCUACAACUACCUAACCAAGCACCCUCUCUUCUACCAGACAGUCCACGCUGCUUGGAAUCAGGCCGGAGGCAUUGCUUGGGAUCUUUCUCAUCUUUGUGUGAAACUGAAAAUAAUAAAGAGAGAUCUUAAAAAGCUAAAUAGAGACAAUUUUUCUAAUAUCCAAGAGAGAGUUAGAGAGGCUAACACUUUGCUUAAUGUUGCGCAGGUAAAAGCACUAAACGACCCAACCAGUGCGAACUUUAGAGAGGAAAAAGAACUACUUGAACGCUGGAAACUUCCUCAGAGCCAUUGA